AUACAGAUAUGAUAUUUAUAUAUGGUCUUAAUUGUAUAGGAAUACAAUGAUGUUAUGUCUGUCAUUGAAUGUAAAAAGGUGGGAGAAAUAUUGAUAACGUUUAAUAGGGAAUAGGUUAAAUUACUUCACUUUUGUCAAACCCUCGUUGACCUUUGAUGUGAAUUUAUAAAUCAGGUCCUGCAAGUUCUAAGACAAUUAUUCUGUCAGUCAGUAUAACACAAUUUCUAUAUUGUUUCCCCUAUUUUGAUGGAAUAGGCCUUGGAUUGAUUUCUAUGAAAAUUUGAAGCUUAUUGUCAACUUAUUUUUGUUUGUGAAAAUUAUUUGUAAGGGAGGACAGAUUUCUUUUGCAAGGGAAAGUGGGUGUCUAUGAUGAGGUUAAAUUAUUAGUACAUUCUAAAUGAAAAUAUUAAUUAAGCCAUGAGUAGAUCUACAUGGGUCAGCUGUCCAAGAUUCCCCUCGGGCUAAAUUGUACAAAUAAUGUGCCUAUUAAUUCAACCCUUCAUGAAACUUAAUAAUUUAAAACAUUCACAUUUUUUAAUUCAAAUAAGCAAGAAAGCAAAUAGGGAAGUUUAGUGUUACACAAUAAUACACAUACCAGCUAUAAAGGAAUUCAUACUUUGGACUUUGUAUUUGUCUUCAGAUUUUAAGGAAGUUUUUAUCAUAGCAUCAUAUUUCAAGGACCAAGUGGAGAUAUCAAAACAUAUGAAUAAAAUUCGAGGGACUGAAUAAUAAAGUGAUACCCUGCCCUAAUCAACAAAUAUAUGAUAGACCCAGAACAACACGAAUGAAAACAAAAAAUCACUAAUUAAACAUACAAAAACAAACAAUUGUGACAUCACAAAGCUUUUUAUUAAACAAUGGAGAUGCCAACAGUGCCAGAAUUUUACGCUGGACGGAACAUUUUUGUCACAGGAGCAACUGGUUUCCUGGGAAAGGUACUAAUUGAAAAACUUUUAAGAUGUUGCCCGGAUAUAAAUGGCAUAUAUAUGUUGAUGCGGCCCAAAAGAGGACAUACUGUUGCAGAAAGAUUAAAGGAUUUAGUAGAAUCAAAGAUAUUUGAAAAAUUAAAAACAACCAGUCCGAACUAUGGAGAAAAACUUCACGCAAUUGCAGGUGACAUCAUGGAACCAGAUCUUGGAAUCAGCCAAUCAGACGCUGAGUUUUUAGCAAAUGAAAUUUCAGUCGUGUUCCACUCGGCGGCAACUAUACGAUUCGAUGAACCACUGAGAGUGGCAGUUACUAUGAAUCUUCUAGCUGUUAGAGCAAUGAUCAAUUUGUGCAAGACAUUCAAACAGCUAGAUGCAUUUAUCCAUGUUUCAACAGCCUAUGCUAACUGCGAUAGGACCCAUAUUGAAGAGACAGUCUAUGAUCCUCCUGUUGAUCCACAGAAAAUUAUAGAUGCUUUAGAAUGGAUGGAUGAUGAGACAGUGGAGCAAUUAACACCAGGAUUAAUAAAACCUAAACCAAACACCUACACAUACACCAAACAAUUAGCCGAGAGUUUACUGCUAAACGAAGGCAAGGGAUUGCCGUUAGCUAUUGUGAGGCCAUCUAUUGUUACUGCAUCAUGGCAAGAACCAAUGCCAGGCUGGAUUGAUAAUUUAAAUGGUCCCAGCGGAAUGUACAUAGCUGCUGGCAAAGGAUUACUGAAGUCUGUGUUAUGUGACUCUGAUGCUGUUGCUGAUAUCAUCCCAGUUGACAUGCCUACAAACAUGUUAAUAUUGGUUGGUUGGUACACAGCCACACAUAAACCAAGAGAGGUUCUUGUAUACCAUUCCACAACAGGAACUGUGAAUCCAUUCACCUGGGGACAGAUGGAGACUGUAGUCAAUUCAUAUUUUAAGAAAUACCCAUAUGAUGAUUGUUUUCGACGUCCCAAUGUUUCCUUAACAUCAAAUGACUGGUUACAUAACUACUGGAUGUUUGUUAGUCACAUGAUUCCUGCCUAUGUCACAGACCUUGCAUUUAGACUUGCGGGCAAAAAACCAAGGAUGGUGAAGACUUACAAUAAGAUGCAUCGUUCUUUGAGUACCUUGAACUUUUUCACGUUACGAACAUGGGAGUGGACGUAUAAAAACAUAGAUUGUCUCAAAAAGGCCCUGUCUGAAGAAGAUAAAAAAAUAUUUUACUAUGAUCCACGCUUGAUCCACUGGCCUUCCUACAUAGAAAAUUACUGCAACGGUACCCGGAUAUACAUCCUAAAUGAAACACUCACCAAUGUACCCGCAGCCAGGGCACAUAUCAGAAAGUUGAGAAAUAUCCGCUAUGUGUUCAACACCGUUGUGAUCGUAGCGCUCUGGAGGUUUCUAGUGGCCCGGACAGACAUAGCAAGAAAUCUUUGGAUGUUCAUUAUGACUCUAGUGUACAAAUUCGUCAGAAUGACCCACAUUACUAGCACCCGAUGAUAUAUAUGACUGAUCAGUGAAACGUGUGAUGGAUUGUGUUUUGAAACGAUAGGGAUUCAAAUUAAAACCAAAAUACCAACCUUAAAUACCCAGAAUUCCAAAAUACCAUGGAUACUGAAUCCUUAUCAUCUUAUCAAAACCAAAUGAUCAAAAUAGUAAAAUUACUAAGCAAUUUAUGAAAACCUUGUUCACAAAAUAUACCAUGUAUAUUUGAACAUUUUGGAAUAGUUUGGAACUAUGUGAGACAUUUCUGACGAUAAUAUGAAAACAGGUUACGAAGCACUCCCUGCCAAAAGUGGAGAAAGGAGUCAGUUACAUCUUACUUUUUGGCAUCCAAAUUAAACUGGAUCGUUGGGAUAUAAAGGAGUAAAUUAUUUAUAUGGAUCAGAAAUCAGUGGAUUUUAUUAAAUUCAUAAGAAAAGUAUUACCAAAUGAUAGGUUAUAUCAUGAACAAUUGAAUAUUAUAUGUACUGUAUAUAUAGGAGGGUGUUUCAUAUUUUAGAUUUUAAACAUUAAUUGAAUUAAGCCCUAUAGACCCUUAUGUUUUCAUGUAUAUGCUGAAAAAUUGCAGGCCAAUAUCAAAACUAACCUGCUUUUGGCCUCUAAUGUACAUAUUAUAUAUAUAUGGUACUAACUAUAUAUAAUUGUAAAAUAGACAUUUGAUAUUGGAAGCAAGCAGACUCAACCAAAACCCAUGACUACUAUAGAAAUGGGCUCAGAACUUAUUUCUGAUUCUAAAAUACACUUAAGUUUUUACAAUAAAUUUAGGAUAAUUCCCGUAACUUGCAGCUUCAAUAGACUUUGUUACAAAUGAAGUGUUGCAGUUACACCCCUGUUAUGCUACCUACUUGCUUAAGCAAGUGGUUACAUAUUGUUAUAGUAUUUUUGUGACAGUGUUCUGAGUUA